AUGGAAGGGAGGCCAACCUUUGCACAAGGUGUAGGUCAACAGCGGUUAAUUCAAGUAGAGGAAGUGCCUUUAUCACCGAUCUUUGUGGAGCACGAUCGAGCCAAUCAUGCGGAACGAUGGGCUUUGUUGUCCAUCCUUUCAGACCUUCUCGCCAAAGGCGUUCAGCCAUGCGACUUUCAGUCCAUUCAAGGAGAUGUGUGGUUGUAUGGGGUCCAUACGCCAUGCAUCUCCUGCAUGGCCAUAUUUUGCCAGUUUCGAAACGCUUUCCCACAGGUUUCGUUGCGCAUCGCGUUUCGAGACUGGUCCAACCGACCUCGUGUACCGAGCGACGCGAUGGAAAUGGACGAGACCUCUCCAAGGGCACGGAUCCAGGAGGAGGGCCCUGAUGGCCGAGGCUUCUCCCCUCGAAAGGGUUCGAUACCCAUGCGUUGGGGAGCAACCAUCAUGCCGAUUAGAUCUGCCCCCGAUGGAAGUUUGGAAGUUUUGUGCGCACAGAACACAGUGGUGAACUACUUGAAGUCUGAGCCCGGACGUCGAGUGCUGGUUGACUUCCCUGGGGAGUUCCGGCUACUGGGAGCCCUGUGGAAGCCCGCGGUGGAUGUGACCCCGCUGGAUACCGCCAUCCGAGGACUCACAAGUGCGGGACUGAAAAAGGCGCAGCGCUACAUUCGAUCCUAUGUGGCUGAACGAGAGGAACUGGGCUUCGCGGCUCUGCGGGCCAUGCUCUUUGACGUGACUUUGCAGGCCAACGGCACCCACAAGACCUACCAUUUCGUGUGCAGCAUGAGCCGCAGGGCCUCUGACCGCUUUGUGAACCUGUUGAACCAGUUCCUGGAAAGUCAACAAGCUUGCUGUGAAGCGAAAGGUGACAAGCUCUUUGAGAUCCCGGAGGCUUUGAGGGCACAGCUUUGCCCAAUGUUUCACAAGGACUACCAGCGAGAGCAACUUCUUGCAACUGGCACCUCAAGGGCGAUGGAGAAUGCGCACCUGGACAUGUUGCGGCGCUUGCAGAAGUUCACAGCUGAUCAAGUCUUCCAGCAAUGCACAGUGAGAGAGGAUACACUGCUUUGUGUGCCCCGAGAGAAGUGGAGUGAGGUGAACUGUGGGGAGCUGGAACCUCUAAUCGCAGGCUUCCGGAAUCUGAGUGUGCUAUCCUUCAACAUGAACAUCUUACCCUUUGGUGUGGCAUCCAUCCGCGGUCAUGAGAGUUUGCACAGCAGUGCCCGGCUGCAAACAUUCCUCCAGAAGAUCAGACAAGAGUUGGAAGCAGAAGCGUCAAAUUCCAAGGCCGCUGAUGGUGCCCGUGCACCGGACAUCAUCGCAGUCCAGGAGCUCUUUGCCUCACCAUUCGUGCCUUUCUGCUGUGCACAGUCCUUUGCCGUGCGCGUCAUGGCAUCGUUGGGUUAUCACGCCAUCAUUGGGCCGAAGCCCACGAUCCUGGAUCUCGUCCGGAAAGGCAAAUGGACCGACAGCGGUCUGGUGAUCUUCAGUCGCUUGCCGGUGGCUGAGACUCGCUCCAUUCGUUUUGGAGCUGGGGCUGCACUGGAUGCCGGGGCGUGCAAAGGUGCCAUGUGGGCCAGGUUUGAGCUGGCCUCUGAACGGUAUUUGGAUGUCUUCAACUGCCACUUGCAAGCAUCGCACACUGGAGCUGAUGGCGAGGUCUUUGAACGCAUUCGAAGAUCACAGCUAAAGGAACUGCGUGAGUUCGUCGAGCUGGCGGGAACCCAACAUCCUUACCUUCUCACCGGAGAUUUCAAUGUGGAUGCGAUUCCCGAACCUUCAGAUCCAAUGGGUACCUAUGGCAUUCCCUUUCGGCCACCUCGUCAAGAAUCCGAAGAUUAUCAGCGGCUCAUCCAUGCCUUGGACCCCAAGGGGCGUCUGGUGGAUUUGCUCUGUGGGCCAACUCCAUCAGAUCCUUUGGGCUCCGAAUGCCCCAGCAAGCGGCACCCUUGCACACGACCACCUCGCUUGAGAAUGCCCUCGUCUGCAGGCUAUGUGGCGCGUCACAAGUAUCCACAGCGCUUGGACUACGUCUUCUACCGGCCAACUGUAUCAUCGUUGGUAGAACAUGCACAGUCGAGAGUGGAGCCCUUUGAAGUGGUAGACCAGCCUUUUGAAUACUUGAGUGAUCACUUCGGCAUCAGGGCGUUCUUUCGCUUUCGCUGCUCUUUCGCAUGGACUCGACCAGAGAAGACCUGCGAAGCCAGUCAGCCGCGUUGGAGAAGACUCUUUUUGGCCAUGAGCCAUCAUUGGGUGAAAUCUUCCAUUGCACUUGCAUGCUUUCCCUUCUUCUGGCAGAUCGGUCGCCGUGAGGAGUGCGCUCUCCUCCGCACCUCGCGCUGGGAGCUUUCCAACUUCUUUCCCCGUGGCAGCUUCAUGUUGCUCGCAGGGACGCUGCUGGCGCUGGUGCCAGGCCUCGUUUGGUGGAGAAGAAAGGAAGAGUCCCCACCACUGGAGAGGACCUUCUCAGUUACUGCAGAGCUGGCAAGUUCGGCUUUCAGGAAGAGGCUCAAAGCGCAGGCUGAAAAGCCAGCGAAGACCAUUGCCUCAAGCCCCUAUGAUAGUUUUAAUGGUUCAGUGGAGUCUUAUCGACUGCGACCCUGCAUUGGCAAGCGUCCGGUGAAUUCCGAUGGCACUUUGGGAGAUUAUGUCUGGAUGAGUUACGGCGAUGCCCAGUUUGAGGUGCUGAGAAUCUCUUCAGGACUGCACCGAAAGUUUGGCCUGCAGAGAGGUUCCCAGGUGGGCUUGCUUGGUGAUUCCUCAGCGGACUGGCUCCUGUGUGAUCUUGCCUUGAUGCGCUUGGGUGUCAAUACCGUGUGCCUUGCAGCCCCUGCGAGUCAUCCGACGACUGGCACCACUGCCCCAACGCCAGGGAGUAUUCAGGAUUUGGAGAUCCUCCUUUGCUCCUCUGAUUGGGUGGAGUACUUCGUGGCUGCCCGGCGCCGCGAAGAGUUGCCCCGCUGCCCCAUCGUGGCCUUUACACCCUUGGGCCCGCGCAUCGCGGCACUGGCACAAGACAGAGGUUUAAAGGUUUGGGACUUGCCCUUCAUCGCACAUUUUGGCGAAGUGAGUGGCUGGGUGCCCUACAUUGGUGUGGGCGGCUUCGAUGUCUUGACCACCAUGUACCGCUCAAGAUCUGGCACCAAAAGUGAAUUGGCAGGAGAGGCCUUGGGCCUCACCUGUGAUGAUUGCCACUUUAGCUACAUUUGGCCGGCCUUCACCGCCGAGCGCCUCAUGCUCCAUGCGGUGGUGGCUGCUGGAGGGGCCAUUGGCUUUUUCGGAGGUGUCAGGUCACCACGGAUCUUUGAAGACAUCAAGAAACUACAGCCUACUUUCCUUGCUGGAACAGCAUCGCUCUUCCGCAGACAGAUUACCCGUUUGCAAUUGAAGCACGUGGGCAUUUUGGGAAACCUCAGCUAUCGGAUACAGCGGUGGGCACUCAUCCGAUGCAAGGCAGACACGGAUCGAGUGGAAUCCAUCGACUUCGAUGAGGAAUCCAUCGACUUGAUGCAGCGGAUGGCGGAGCUCGUCCUGACGAAGCCACUGAGCCGAUGGCUCAACCGCCCUUUUGUACUCCCACGGCAGGUCUUGCUGGGCUCCAAGACACGCUUGCGCUUUGUCCUGGCCUUGUGUGGUGCGGGGACCACCGCCUUGCCGCCAGCUGCUGGGCUGCAGUCGGUUAAGACAGCUGCAGUGUAG